AUGGACAUUUGUAAUAAAGAGGAUAAGAGGGAUGCCGGAAGAUUUGCUGUAAUGAUGGAGGUGCUUUGGAAGAACCGUAAUAAUGUUGUGUGGAAUAAUGAUAGAGGGGACAUAUCUAGGUUAGGUUUGCAAGCCUAUUUUAAUUGGCAUGAUUGGUUUGCUGCUCGUGAGGUUCAAGAUAUUCCUAAUGGUGUUCAGAUCCCCUUAACCUGGAGCCCACCGGCGGUGGGUUGGAUAAAAUACAAUACGGAUGCAGGGUUUAAUACCUCUCAUAAUUCUACUAACAAGGGUUGGUGCUUCCGAAAUAAUAUUGGAAGUUUCAUUACUGCAGGUAUUGCUUGGGAUGUCGGCACUAUGUCCAUAGUCGAAGCGGAAGCCUUGGCUUUGAAAGAAGCGAUGCAACAUGCUAUUAGUUUAAAUAUGGAGUGUGUGAUUUUUGAAAGUGAGUCUCAGGUGGUGGUUCAAGCAGUCAACUCUAAUGAUACAGGUUGUUCCGAGUUAAGUUUUAUUUUUCUUUCUAUUAAGCGGUUGUUAGUUUCUUUUCCUAAUUUUGGGGUGAAGUUUGUAAAACGCCAAGUGAAUAUGGUUGCCCACUCGUUAACGAAGGCGGUCAAUUCUUAG